GGACGAGAGACCGCAGCGAAACGAUUGCUGGCUAACUAACGUUACAUGAAGGUCUUCGUGUAUUUUGUAAUGAACGCUGUAUUAGAAUGGCUGCCGCUAUACAUUUAUCCACUUUAUCUAGUUCCUGUGCUUUAUUUUGUAUAUUGUUAUAGCUAAAACACUUAAACGUAUAUUGGUAACUUACUCACGUUAGUUGGGGCGCAAUGGCACUGCCCAAGAAAACAGUUUCUAUUUUCCAGACUUAAUUAAACUAAUUCGUACGGUAGUUAACCUAGUUGGAUAGCAUCUAGGUUGCUAAACUAGAUAACUAAACUCUCCAGUUACCUAGUUAUCUUUUUAUUUUAUUUUUAUAACCUGUAGUGAGUUAACUAGCGAGCUAGUUUUACUAGGUUUACGGCAACAAAAGGAGGGGGAAACAACAACAUUUUAUACAUGGAAAUGUAUUCAUUAUCGUGUCUUGUCAAAACAUCACCUUUGGAAAAAGUGUCCUGGCUAGUUUUUAUUCUUGUUUUCUUUGCACUGUCAUCAAAGUAGCCUUUUGGACGAGGCCUUGCAACCGAGGCCUUCAUCAGUAGCUAGUUAGCGCUUUAGACAUUUAGCAUGGGGUUGUUGUUUUACAUUUUAAAAAAUCUAACAAAACAUACAUUUUUCUUUUUUUAAAGGAGUUAGCUAGUGAGAACCCGGUUCUGAACCGGCUAGUUAUACAAACUAUAGGUAGUUAACUAUGUUGACCAAGCUGUGUUGAGUCGCUGUGCAGAGUUAGCUUUAGCUUAGCAUUUUAUAUAGCACGACUGUUGUAGUCAAAAUCAGCUGCAUGUCCUCAAACGUCGGUGGUCCGCAUAGAUGGCUAUCUAGAUGGGUGUGAGCUGCGAUGCGUGUUUGAAGGGUAACUUCCGGGGGCGGCGGUACAAGUGUUUAAUUUGCUACGACUACGACCUGUGUGCGUCGUGCUACGAGGGCGGAGCCACGACCACCAGACACACGGCAGAGCACGCCAUGCAGUGCAUACUAACCAGGGUCGACUUCGACCUAUAUUAUGGAGGAGAGGCCUUGUCAGUGGAGCAGCCACAGGCCUUUACCUGUCCCUACUGUGGCAGGAUGGGCUACACGGAGACCUCCCUUCAGGAGCACGUUGCUGCAGAUCACACAGAGACCUCCUCAGAGGUGAUCUGUCCCAUAUGUGCUUUGCUACCCGGCGGGGACCCUAAUCACGUGACCGACGACUUCGCUGCUCAUCUCACACUUGAACACAGAGCCCCCAGAGACUUGGAUGAGUCGAGCGGGGUGAGGCACGUGCGUAGGAUGUUCCACCCUGGUCGGGGUCUAGGGGGGCCGAGGGCCCGUCGAUCCAACAUGCACUUCACCUCCUCAACCUCCGGGGGGAGCUCUACCACACAGACCUCUACACAGAGCUCCAACUACAACAGGGAAGCCAUGGAUCCUAUAGCUGAGCUUCUCUCCCAGUUGUCGGGGGUGCGUAGGUCGGCGGGCGGCCAGCUGAGUUCCGGUCCUUCAGCAUCCCAGCUACAGCAGCUCCAGAUGCAGCUCCAGUUGGAGCGGCAACAAACCCAGGCUGCCAGACAGCAGUUGGAGACGGCCCGGAGUGCCACGCAACGCAGCAGUCGUACCUCCACCAACGCAGGGCUGAAUGCCAAUCCAAGCCCAGGGCAUCACAACGCCAACCCCAGUUCCAACUCUACCAGCCCCAACCCAGGGCAUCACGAGUUCACCACACACACACAGCACAGCAACUCCCAGUUCCUCCUCAACAGACUGAGUGAGCCGAGGUUGUCGGAGGCGGAGCGUCAGCUGAGUGAGGGCCAGUGGGCGGACCGCUCUCUCUUCGUCACGGAGCUCCUCCUCUCCACCCUGCUGGCCGAUCCCGACCACAGCGAAGAUGACGAUCUCCAUGACUACCACGACGCCGUGAUCCGAGGUUCUGACGCGUUCAGUGAUUUCGGCACCUUCGGAGACAUGGGCUGCGUGGAGGUCAUGACCUUGGACGUGGCGUUGGAGAACCUCAACCUCCGAGAACAAAAAGAGCAGCGACCCCCACCUUUUUGAUGACGUCACUACAACGUUUAAACCACCAACUGCCAUUACCGACCGUCGCUUGGCAACCGAAAGAAAUAAGAUUGCAGUUCUUUUCUUGGAUUCGGUUAUUAUUCAUUUUGUUUUAUUUGGCUGGGUGAUGUCAACUCACUUGUCACCCCUCCCUCCCUCGACCCCACCCCACGUUGUGUACAUGAAAGUCGGAAGCAAGACGAGAGAAUGUGAACGUGAGAGCGAGAGAAUGAACUAUAUAUAUAAAUAUAUAUAUAUAUAUAUAUAAAUACAUCUAUGAAAAGAAAGCCGAUAAUCAAUUCCGCAUGAAGCUGUGUGUUUGACCUUAACAGGUCAAGGUAGGAUAGGUAGGUAGCCAUUUUGAUAAUUUAUUAUCAUAAACGAGUGCACAGACACACACUGAGAGGCGGCGGCAGGCGGACAGGCUCUUCCCAGCAGGCUAAGCUGUUCUUUUGUUUAUGGUUAGGAAUAAUAAAACCGGGCUUGGCUGAUUUUACCACAACAAACGUUGGUAUGUUGAGAUUCUUCACCCUUAACCGUCAAGAGACGUCUUCCAUUAAGCACCCUAUUAGAAUGGGGUUUUGGGUAUCACAGAGAUGAAACUAAUCUCUUUUGGUCCUAUGAUAAGCGUUUGUGUCUGUGGUUACUUUCCUAUCCUGUCAUCUAUACAGGUGUUCCAAUUCUACACAAAUUAUUAUUUUCCUUAAGACUGUUUUGAUUGAAUAGUUUUAAUCCAUUAUUUAGCUCCUCCCUAUACCCAGGAUGACAUCACUUUAUGGGGCCAUGUUGCCUUGCUUUGUGCCAACUGAACUGUGUCCCCUUUUGAAUUUCACAUCGAGAGAAGCUGCGUACAGUUUGCAUAUGCACUACAUAAAGAGAUCAUAGACAUGGGAAGGCCAAUGGACAAUCACAUGAAAACUAACCUGAUUCUAUUCUCUCUCCUGACAGUUUCCUUUGUUGUUCUGUUCUUUUGCUGGGCUGAUAGGCCUUUUCUCAUUUGGAUUUGGCUCAACUCUUGCGUCCUCCCUCUUCCAUCAUCCUCUGGCCUCCUUUUGAAAAAGGUCAAAGGUUAUCGAGGAGAGGGGAAAGUGGGGGAUGAAAAUGCGCCUGUAUAAAAUGACUCCUCCAAUCACGCGUCAUCAGGCAAACUACGUUUACAGGGUGGAAUCCCAAAAUAAAAUGUAUAAACUGAUAACUAAGAAAGCUAGUUGUGCAAAACAUUUUAUAGAUAAAAAAAAAAGGAUAAGUAGAAUAUAGUUUUAAAUGUUUGCAUGCUUUUCUUCUUCGAUGAAAACAGUAGCUGAUUCGAAGGGGGGGGGGGGGGGGGCGGGGUGGCUGAUUUCAAAACUCUUCCACGAAGGACUCAGGGUAGGAUACACUUUUGCGUCCUUGCCAAAAAGGAGCCUAUUGAGGGGAGGACCGUCUUCCUGUUAACGAAUUGACACUCUUCCACCACUUAUCGGUUUCCCGGGUGACUGAGGAGAGAGAAUGAAGGACAUCCUUUUGCCUCCACUGCUACCUUAACAAAUGCAAUGUACUGUCUGAUGAUGACAUGGUUUGGGUGUUUGGGAAAAGGUCAAAAGACAGGGUCAACUGUUUAACCUGGAGGAGAACAAUAAAAUUGUUUUGGAUGUAAAAAAUUAA